UGGACACCGACGGUUUGCUGAGUCGGCAUUAAGUCGAUCCACCCACGCAAUACACCAUGAAGAAUCCCUAACCCUACCCCACCUCACCCCCCUUCUCUCUCUCCCCUUCUCCCUGUAUAAAUGCGUGUGUGGUGGGUGUGAACUUAUCCACAUUUCGUUUAUCAGCUUGAAUCCUUCACUCAACUAAGUCGUGUACCGGCACAGCAAGUCAUGGUUUUCUCGUCUACCUCUCUCUCAUCUAAGAUCGUUGGCCCCAAAUUUAUUCUCAGUUCGCCAUCAUCGCAGCCGAGUUGCGUCAGAUUCCGGCCACCAUCUGGCGUUUCCGCAGCAUACGCCACCAUCUCCGAGAGGGCCAGCUCUGGCAUUGCUUUGCAGCCAUCCCCAUAUGAAGUUCUGGGGAUCCAGAUGAGCGCCACUGGUCAGGAGAUCAAGGCUGCGUAUCGGAGAUUGGCGAGAGUCGUACACCCUGACGUCGCAUCGAGCACUCAAAAGGACAAGUCAGCCGACGAAUUCAUGAAGAUCCAAAAAGCCUAUGCGACUCUCUCUGAUCCCAAGAAAAGAGCCGAUUGCGACCGGACGUUAUUCAGGAGACGAAUGCGAAUGAGUUCACCGUUGUCAAGAUCUGCAUAUUCGACGUCUGUUAUUGCAUCGCCGGGUUCUGGAUUUUCCGGCUAUACUCGCCGGAAUUGGGAGACUGACCAGUGUUGGUAGUAUUUACCACUGUUUUAGCCAUAUUUUAGAACUCGAUGGGUUAUAUGUACAAAUCCUGUAUAUUAAUAUAGAUAGCUAAGGUUCAAAUUUGAAUUAUUUGUAAUAUUCAACAGACAGCGUUUUCCAGAGCAUGCUCUGUCUCUUGCCUAUAUGGGAAUACAAUAUGGAUUCAAGUAAGAUUACAAAAACUUAUAAAAGAGUUGCAGGAUUUAGUGUUUCAAGUUUUACAUACUUGUAGGCAUAUGUUGAUUAAACAGAUGAAUAAUACCAUGGGACUUAAUUGGGGGAACUAAUUCCACAUAAAAAAUGCUGCACAACUUAAAUA